CCAACUCUCUGUUCCAAUGCAUCUAUAGGCUGAGCCUUCACCGACACAGACACUGAACCUCCGCGUCGAUGGGUGGUGACCCGAGCCAGGCGAGAACGCUUGACGGAUUUAGAGAACUAGAGGGACGCGAAAACCGUAAAACGCGUCUGAAAGCUUUGUGGCAACAACUCGCGGCUCUACACGAUAGCGCGCAGUGCGCAGAAAGGCGGCGAGGCGAUGACGGCGGGCUCAGCCCCGAGGCGGCUCAACGGCGGAUGGGGGCGUACGAGAAGGAGCUCCUGCGUAGAUGUGAUGGUCACAGCUCAUCGUUGUCGCCGAUGAACAUCGGAUGGAGGGAGUUCAGAGAGUAUGCGGAGGCUAAAGAGACAGAGCUGUGGCACGUCUUCCACGACGAGUUGGAUCUAGACGGCAAUGGGCGGCUUGACGCGCAGGAGCUGAAAUCAGCGCUGUUGACAGUUGGAAUUUCGCUCUCUGCGCCUAAACUAGAAGAGUUUAUCGGUUUUCUGACUUCUUCGCCUGGGUCAAAGUCUAUUAACUUCGCCCAGUUUCGCGAUUUUCUUUUGCUGCUACCUCAGAAGGCCUCGCCACUUGAAAUAUAUCGCUAUUAUGAGACGAGGAGGUUUUUGGGAGACGACUAUCGCGGGGCUUCUCGUGUGACGAUGGAAGGUGACGUCAGUUUGAGUGCCGAAGACCACCGGCCAAGUCCUCAAUCAACGAAUGAGCACGCUCUCCCGCGCACUGCCAAUCACGCUCCAGCUACCGAGGACGCGGCUGAGGGCGGGCAGCAUGACCAUGGAUGGCUAGACGGACACACUGCCAUCAAAUUUCUUUUGGCGGGUGGUAUUGCAGGCGCAGUUAGUCGAACCUGUACAGCGCCUUUCGACAGACUCAAGAUCUUUCUCAUCACGCGUCCACCUGACCUUGGCGGUGUGCCUUUAAACUCGCCGUCUCUCGGUGGCGCUCGAGUCAUCGCUGGCGCCAUCGCACGGAUCUACUCGGAAGGCGGCGUGUUGGCUUUCUGGACGGGAAACGGUCUUUCGGUGGCCAAGAUCUUCCCUGAAUCCGCUAUCAAAUUCUUCACCUAUGAGUCUUCGAAACGCGCCUUCGCCAAGUACUGGGAUCAUGUCGAUGACACUCGGGACAUACAUGCUUCCAGUCGUUUCCUAUCUGGUGGGAUCGGAGGCAUAUGCAGUCAACUCAGCAUCUAUCCAAUUGAAACUCUGAAGACCCAAAUGAUGAGCCGAGCGCGCGAUCCCGCUAAUUACGGUCAAGGAAAGGGCCUGUUCAAACAAGGCAGAAUCAUCUCCGCUGCCAAACACCUGUGGUCUUUGGGAGGCAUGCGUGCAUAUUACAGAGGCUUGACGAUCGGAUUAGUGGGCGUUUUUCCAUAUUCCGCCAUCGACAUGAGCACAUUCGAGGCGCUGAAGAUUGCGUACCAGCGAUCGACAGGCAAGGAGGAGCCAAAUGUGCUGGCCCUCCUAGCGUUCGGCAGCGUCUCUGGCAGUGUGGGAGCCACCAGCGUGUAUCCAUUGAAUAUGGUCCGGACCCGGCUACAGGCGUCAGGAUCCUCCGGUCACCCUCAGACUUAUACGGGUCCCAUGGACGUCGUCUAUAAAACUUGGGAACACGAAGGCUGGCGCGGGUUCUAUCGCGGUCUUCUCCCUAGUCUGGCCAAAGUGGUGCCCGCGGUUUCGAUAUCCUAUGUUGUUUAUGAGCACAGCAAGAAAAGAUUGGGGGUUUGACUGGACUUAACAUAGUGCCUGUACUGUUUGACUCAUCUACACCAUACAUCUGCUACCGAUACAAUCUUCUCGUACUUAUCUAUCUAUUAUAAUCUGUGUACCACCAGUAUCGGGCGCAUAUCAAUGCUAGCUAUCGAGAACAUGAUCA